GGUUGACUCAGAGUACGUUAGGCCUACAUGAUCACAAGAGCCUUUGGGUUAUCCUCUGUGCAGCUCUGCAUACACCUUGACCAGGUUCUGUACAUUUAUCAACCAAGUUGUACGACAAUGUAAAGCCAGACUACAUGUACACAGACUCGUGAGCGUUUGGGGUUGCAACUUCAACCAUUGAAACUUACAGUACCGUACCUGUUUUAAACAUUGUCAGCAACUUUUCCGAUAAUGUGAUUCUGGCUCUGCACCCAUAGAAACAGUGUAGCCAGGUUUGGAGUAUCGGUAACAAGAUAACGCACAGAGACAUUUAUUGUGAAGCAUUAGGCGCAAUCAGGACAUCCACCAUGGCGUACAGACAACCCCCACCGCCCCUCCAUGACGAGCAGAUACAGGCCGCGAUGAGCAUGGCCGCCACCGUGAAGGGGCGUCUCCCGCCCCAUGGCGUGUCCCCCAGAGAAGGUGGUCACAUGACGGAUCAGAGGGCCAAAGCAGUGCUGAAGGAAGCAGUGGAUGCCGUUGUCAACAGUUUCGCAAAACACACCCAAGGAUACGGACGAGUAAAUGUAGUCGAAGCCUUGCAAGAAUUCUGGCAGAUGAAGGCCACCAGAGGAACCGAGUUAAAGAAUGGCCCGAUCGUUGUCUACGAGUCCGUCCCCUCGUCCAGUGCACCAUACGUCUGUUUUGUGACCCUCCCAGGUGGGAGCUGUUUUGCUAGUUUUCAGGAUUGCCCAACCAAGGCUGAGGCCAGACGGAGUGCCGCUAAGAUUGCCCUGAUGAACUCUGUCUUCAAUGAGCACCCGACCAGGAAGAUAACUGACAAGUUCAUACAGCAGGCGGUGGCUGAUGCUAAGAAAUCAUUUGAGGGGCCUAUUGAAGAUGAGCAAGAUCCUAGUACCAGUCUCGGUGCCUUCCGCUUCAUGUUAGAAGCCAAUCGCGGGAAGUCCAUGCUAGAGUUCCAAGAACUGAUGACCGUGUUCCAACUCCUGCACUGGAACGGCAGUCUGAAAGCAAUGCGAGAGCGCGACUGCUCGCGACAGGAGGUCCUCGCCCACUACUCCCACCGUGCUUUGGACGACGAUAUGCGGUCGCAGAUGGCGCUGGACUGGAUUUCGCGAGAGCAGGAGAUGGCGAACAUCAUCGCCCGGGAGCUGGCAGUCGCGGACGAGGAGAUCGAGCGGGCAAGGCAUGCUGGGAGAGAGCUGAGGUUCCCGAAAGAGAAAAAAGACAUUCUGAUGUUGGCCUGUAGCCAAAUUGGACCGCUGUAAUAUUCCUGUUCAUGAUAGCUUUUAAAUGCGUGAUUGUAUUGCCUGCCUAAUAUGUGUCCUGCCUUCCAUUGAAAACUGCUAUGGAUUCUUGAUUUGAUUAAUUAUUUUAUGACUUCUAUUUACUAAUGUACAUCAAACACAGUAACAAAGAUAUGCAUGUAGGUAUUUACAUGUAAGAGGCCAACUCAUUAUUCAACAGUUUUGAUGAAUAAAAAGAAAAUAAAACACUACAAAUAAAAGUCAUAAAUUUCUUUGAUACCUUACCUCCGAUUUGGAUAGAAUUUACAUUUCAGUAUUUUUUUUUAUUGUAUCAGUUUGUUGCUGGUAUGAAUUUUACCUUCAAUACUUGUAGUUGGUAAACCAAAGUUAAAACAAAGAUUGAAAGACUGAGUACACUUUUUAAAAGGCUCAUUGCCCUUUUGGCUGCCAGCCCCCCCCCCCUCAAAAAAAAGAAAACCUUGAUAUUUUUAGUACUGUAAGUAUUUUUGUCACAGUACUAAUUAACAUUUAUAUGUACAAGUACUUUCAAGACAUUAUUAAAACAAUGUACAUGCACAAACUUUCUCCAGCUAAACAUACAUUCAAUGAAUAAAAUGAACUUGCCUAUGUAUGAAACAUGACUUUGUUCACUGCACUUUUUAGGAUUGUGACUUAAGAUAUUAAAACAAAAUAUGUUUUGACCUUAUCUCUACACAAACGCACAACUUUUGCAAAUGGGUUUUCUCCUUUCAAGCAAUUUGAACUGCACUGUGGUAUUUGGGGUUGAUUUGGACAAUAAAACAUAAAGCUUGGAUUACUUGUCUUUUGAGCAAUGUUAUCACCCCAUUAUGUUUUAAAUAUAUUUUCAAUAUUUUGAAAACACAUCUCUUAUUUUGGAUACAGAUAAGGAGAAAAAUGUUUAGUACAAUGAACUGUGCUGAACAUAUGCAUGUAGUACUUAAGAUAAAAAACAAUCACUAUGGAUAAUGUGACCAAAUUAUUUUUCACUUUCGUAUUCCAAGUUGUGAGGCGAAAUUCAAGAAGCUUAUUAUUAAACAAUUUUUAUUGUAUUCAUAACUGGUUCCUGAGACUCACUAAGUUGAAGGAAUGGCAUAGAUUUUUUUCUACUUCCAUCAAAGUGCAUGUACUAUAUGGGUCGUAGCCUUAGGUGAAUCUUACUGCGCUAUAAACGCCAUUCUUUAUACAUAUAUUAUUUGGGAUUGCACAAGAGAACAUGGACAUUAUAAUCAGAUUUGGCCAGUGACAUUGGAGGAAAUGUUAGGAAUGAAGAUGGUUGUGGGAGCUACUUCACUGCAUCAUAAGUGAAAUUUUUAUCAUUUUCAAAAUAUGUAUUCAAGAAGCAAGCUUUGAUUAUGUCAGCAAACUAUACGAUAAGAAAAAAAAAUGGCAUGCUUAAUACCUGUUAUUUACUCAUUGAAAUUCUGUUUCUGUUUAUGGUAACUCCGGUAGGAACUUGGGAGGACAGCUUUUUGCUGGUAAAUGCCAAGCUGGUAUAUAAUCAAUUACCUAGGAAACAUUUUACGUCUAGGUUUAUCAGUCAUAGUGGCUGACGUUAUAGAUGACAGAUAUCACUCUCGGGUCUUUUUAUCAAAGUGGAGACAAUGACAGAGUGGGGAUUUGAACUCACAACCUUGCGAUUAUGAGUCCAAUGCUCUAACCACUGGACCACUCCAUCAUUUGUCAUUACGAUUUGCUUUGUUAGGUGCAUACGAAUUGUCAUGUUGAUCUGUAUGUGAAUUCAAGUCAAAACAUUUAUGUUAAAUUGAAGGUUGUGGAGCUUGAAUGUUGAUACAUUGGCCCCAUCUCAUAAAGAGAUACGAUUGAUCCGAUCAUCUUAAACUAUAUGGAAAUCCAACAAUAUCAUAAUUGAAAGUUGUGGAGCUUGAAUGUUAAUACAUGGGCCCCGUCUCAUAAAGACUUACAAUUGAUCUGAUCAUCUUAAACUAUAUGGAAAUCCAACAAUGUCAUAAUUUUUCUCCAGAAAAUUUGCAUGAUUGCCUUUGUAAGCAAAGAGAAGCAUAUUGAAUUUUAUUAAAAGAAAAAAUGAAUGUAUGAUUAUACAUCACAUCUAGAAAAUAUUUUGAACAAACGUGCAUUUUAGAUGUUGAUGUUGCUGGCUUUUCAUAGUUGUAGUUGAUCGGAUUAACCGUAACUCUUUGUAAGACAGGCCCCGUGGGCCCCGUUGUACAAAGAGUUACGAUUGAUCCAAUCAAUCGUAACUAUGGAAAGCCAGCAAAGUCAACAUAUGAAAUGCAUGUUUGUUCAAAAAAAAUUCUAGAUAUGACUCCAUAUCCAUAAAUUCAUUGAUUUCUUGACAAUUUGGGGUGUUCUCCUUUGAUUACAAAGGACAUUUUGCAAAUUUCCUGUAGAAAAAAUUAUAACACUGAUGGAUUUCCAUAGAGUUACGAUUGAUAUAUACAUUGCAGCAUAAUGAUACUGUAGGAUAUUACUACAUGUAAGAUGUGUAUUGCAAUAUCACCUUCCAUUUCCCAUGAACCUGUAUUCCACCCAGUUUCAUUUUUUCCCCUUCAAAUAUUUAUUACAUGUAGAAUAAGGAUUCUACCACAAGUGCUUUAGAAUAUAAAGUGUUUUUCUUGAACCGUUUUAUUUAGUUAUUUAAUGUUGUGUGUUUCUUCAUAAAAUUGUAAACAACUCUUACAAUUAAAGUUCAUUGUAUGUUAUGAUGAUUUAUUAAUUUCCUAAGUUUGUAAUUAGAUUUAAGCAAUAUACUGUUUUUCAUUUGUAUCGUUUUUAUUUAACAUCAUAAGUUUUUGAAAAUGCAUAAAUUUUAUGAGUGUAUAUUUUAUGUACUGUAUGUUGAGCACACUCAGCAUCCCAUGCCCCAAAAGUUAGAUAUAUAUAUAUUAGGCAAUUAUAGUAACUUUGACCAGGAUUUUGAAAUUAGCAUCACUGAUAAUAGCUGCUACUUCAAUGAUAAUUGCAAUAGUUUCAGUCACAUUCAGUUGACCAGGGCCCCGUCUUACAGUUAAAGGAGAAUGAAACCCUUGAAACCAGCUGAAUCCAUAUCAAAGAGAAAAAUCAAAGAAACAUAUUGUUGAAAGUUUGAGGAAGAUUGAAUGAAUAAUAAGAAAGUUAUGAACAUUUGAAUAUUGAGAUCACUAAUGCCAUGUAGUUCCUCCCAUUGGCAAUGCGACCAAGAUCUGUGAUGUCACACUCGUACAACUCCCUCAUUACUUGAGUACUUAUUUCACUUAUAUUCUCACUUUUAUAGAGUCUAUCACAAGGUGAGGUGUUCUCUUUAUGAGAGGGCAAGUACAGAGGUUUCACAACAUUAUAUCAUUGAUGAAUUGUUUGUCAUAUGAUUAGAAUGAGCAAAAAGAGAUGUUUUGGGGUAUAUUUUCAGUGUCAAAAAGGGGAGAGUUGUUCAUCUGUGACAUCAUAGAUCUUGGUCGCAUUGCCAAUGGGAGGAUCUCCAUAGCAUUAGUGAUCUCGACAUUUGAAUGCUCAUAACUCUUCUAUUGCUAGUCCUAUUUUACUCAAACUUUUGUUGAUCUUAUUCUUUGAUUUUUCUGCUUUCACAAAAGCUAACUUGCUCCAAGAGUUUCAUUCUCCUUUAAUGAUUGCAGGAUUAAUGCAAUAUUUACAUUUGUAGCUCUAGGGGACUUUUAAAAAUGUUAAAAAUAGGUUUUUGAUUACUUUUCUCUUUUCUUUGCACCUCACUCAUCAGUAUUCAAGAAAACUGCUGUAUUUUUAAAGGGUGCCAAACUCGAGGAGAAUAUUCCUGCAGAUGUGUGUGGGGUUUUAAUAUGUAUUUAAAGUUAUUUGAUUAAUUUCAAUCCUGUUAUUGACAUUGAAAGUGAUGCUUGUAUUCAGAAAUAUUUUGGACAAUAUUAAUUUUUAAAAGUAAGAUGCAAAUAGAUGAUUAUUGGGUUAAAACCAUCAUUCCAUCACCAAUAAUCAAUAUGUCGCUGUGGUUCAAGGCCUGUGGUAUAUUCAUUGAAUUCGAUGAAGGUAGCGAAGUCACUAACGUUCCCAUUUCACGCGCAUUCAGUGAAUGGCAUAACAGUACUUGAAGUACCACCUUGAUUUAGUAGUGCUACAUGUACAUCACAUGAUAGCAGUAUGAGACAGGAGUCAUUUUACAAUUCAUUCUUACAUUGUGUAGCACUGAGGAAGAUUGAGGUGCCACUCGGCGGACUGUAUACUUCUACUUUUUCAAAUUAGAUUAGUAUAAUGUUAUUCACUCUUUGUCAAUGAUGACUUGACAUGAAGUCAUAUACAGUAUUGUAAAUUCAUUGUUAUACCACACUUCUAUUACAUUUCAUCAAGAUUUUUUUCUCUAUUUAAUUGCCAAAUUUUGUGAAUUUAUAUAUCUUUUCUUGUAUGGUACGUGUGAAGAAACAAUGCUUGUACAUAUCCUGCUUGCCUUUGCUAUAUAAUGUGUACAAAAUUAAGGUUCAUUGGUAUUGUUUCAAAUCAAUAUUUUUCUCUUAAGUUAUUAUAUUCUAACAAAUCUAUAUGUACUAUUUUCUGCUGUAUGAUAUUUGUAUUUUAAGCUUGAGCUUAUUGUAUUCUUUCACUUUGCAUAAUUUUGUGGACCUGGUUACACAAAUAUUUGCUAUUGAUUGCUUUACUGCAGUGGCCAAUCAGGGUCAUUGUUGCAUGAACACUUUGUUCAUAAGGUUCACCAAGAACCAAUCAGAAUGGUACUUUCUUAUUAGCAAUCCAUCACAAAUAUCUGUGUUACCGGGCCAUUGUGUGUGCACAUCAUAUGUUCUCCAUUUGAAUUGGAUUUUAUUAUUUAGCAUUGGAGUGGUUUUGGUGGAAGUACGGUUAUUGUACAGAGAGAAUUAAAACUAAUUUGAAGAAGCUACAA